CCGGGAUCGGAGUCCGCACCGCCGGUCUGGCGGGGACAGUGCCCCGGGCAGCGGGCCGGGGCCGCGCGCGGCGGCAGGAGGGAUGCGGCCAGCCCGCCGCCUGAGCGCCCGCGAUGGCCCGCGAGGCGGCGGCCUGCGGGGGCGACGCGCGUCUGCAGCUGAGCCGGGACGCGGUGCGGCCGGCCCCCGCCCUGCUGGUCCCCGCCGUGCUGCUGGGCGCCGCGCUCGGCCUGAGCCUCGGCCUCUGGCUGGGCUGCCGCGCCGCCCGCCGGCGUCCGCGGCACCAGAAAGAUGAUGCUCAAAGUCUGCUCAAGAAUUUGGAGUGUAACGUACAGACCCCCUCAGAAACCGGUUCCCCACCCAGGAGGCGGAAGAGAGAAGCACAGACAUCGAAGGACGAGGAGGCCCUGGAUGAACGUGAGCCGUCUUUCAACAGCAAUAUCACAGCAUUUGCACUGAAGGCAAAAGUCGUGUAUCCCAUCAAUCAGAAGUUCCGGGUGAGAGUCAUGAGCUCCAUCCUAGAAACACGAUUAUUCAGUAAUGUCCUGGAGACUGGGCCUCUGGCCGACGGCUCCUCCAACCCAUCUCUGCACGAAAACAUAAAGCAGGCUGCCUUGCCGAACCAGCCAGGGGAGGCGUCCCCCUCCAGCAGCCUGGGGAGCCUGAGUCAGGCCGAGAAGGAUGACGGCAGCUCGGCGUCCAGCGUCCGCUCGGCCACCAGCGACGACAGGUUCCUCGGCCGCUCCUUCCUCGGGGCCAGCAGCUUUCCCGAGGUGCUGAUCCAUGAGGGUGUGGACCUUGACUUGUGUAUCUAUAACCUUCACUUAAAGGACCUUCUGCAUCUGGACACGGCACUGAGGCAGGAGAAGCACAUGAUGUUCAUUCAGAUUUUUAAAAUGUGCCUUCUGGAACUUUUUCCUAAAAAGAAGUCUGAUGAUGAAUUAUACCAGAAGAUUCUUAAAAAACAAGAAAAUGAUCUGGAGGAAUUAGAAAAGGGACUUCAGGUCCAACUGUCAAAUACGGCAAUGCUGGGUGCUGAGGAUGCUGAGUACAUCACCCUGGCGGACGUGGAAAAGAAGGAGAGGGAAUUCUCUGAGCAGCUAAUAGACAAUAUGGAAGCUUUCUGGAAACAGAUGGAAAACAUCCAGCACUUUCUUGUGGACCAGUUUAAGUGUUCUGGCACCAAAGCCCGACAGCUCGUGCUGACGCUCACGGGAAGCAUGAUUUCGGCCGAAGGGCUGUUGCGUGACUCUCAGGAUCUGCAGGCUCUGGACACCCUGGAGAGAACGCUGGGGCGGGUGCACAUGGCAAAAAUGAUGGAGUCUCUGAAGCUGCAAAUCCAGGAGGAGACCAGAUGCCGGCUGGCCGCCAUCUCCCACGGCCUGGAGCUGCUGACCAUCGAGGGGAAGCUCUCCGGGCGGCAGAAGGAGGAGCUGUUGACCGAGCAGCACAAGGCCUUCUGGGGGGAGGCAGAACUCUUCGGCAGGGAGUUUGUCCAGCGAGGCAAAGACCUGGUGAAGGCGUCGCUGGCUCACCAGGCAGAGGAGACGGCAAAGCUCACAUCGGCACAAGAAGCAGAGCAGAGGAGCUUCCUGGCUGAGGCCCAGCUGACUGCCGACCCCGAAGAGUUCCUCCAGGCUUUUCACGAGGUCCUGGAGAGGCACAGGUUGGCCCAGAGUUACCUGGAGGAGGAGGCGAACAUGAGAAGCACCGAGGCCAUGGCUGCGCUCUGCCAGGAGCUGUUUCGUGGCACCGUGCAAACAUUCCAGAGGUUUGUGGACGUCCUGUUCCUUCAGACGCUCCCGGGUGUGACCGGCCUCAGUGGGACAGAGUGUGAGUACCUGAGGCAGGAAGUCCAAGAGAACACCGCCUGGCAGCUGGGGAAGUCGGAUCGCUUCCGGAAACAGCAGUGGAAACUCUUCCAGGACCUCCUGGAGCAGGAAAAGCAGGUGUGGAUGGAGGAGCAUGCUUUGUCCACUGUGCUGCAGACACACAUCCGGGAAGGCCACGACAGCACCAUCCGCCGAGUCUUGGACCAGCUUGGUGGCCUCAGUGAAGAGUCCACAUGGCGCAUCCUGCAGGGGCAUGACCUGCUACUGCGCUCGGCCCUCCGGAGGCUGGCUCUCCGUGGCAGCGCCGUCACCACCCUGACCCAGAUGAGGCUGUCCGGGAAGAAGAGCCUUCUCCAGGAGCUGCGUGAGCAGCACGCCCUUGAGCAGGCCCCCUCCCAGUGCCUGGAUGAGCAUCGGUGGCAGCUGCUCAGAGCCUUGGAGGCCCGCGUUCUGGAGGAGGCCAGCCGGCUGGAGGAGGCGGCUCAGCAGACGCGUCUGCAGCUUCAGCAGCAGCUCCUGGCAGAGGCUCAGGAGGUCGGGCGGCUCCUGAAGCAGCACACGGAGCAGGCCAUCGGGCAGGCGCUGCUGGGCCACGCGCGGAACGUGGCCGCCAAGAGCCGGUCCAAGGACAGGGAUGACUUCAAGAGGUCACUGAUGGAGGCGGCUGUGGACAGCGUGUACGUGACCAGCGCUGGCGUCAGCCAGCUCGUGCGAGAGUACUACCGGCAGGUCGGGGGGGCCACGCAGGCCCACGAGGAGAGGACAGCGCAGCAUCUGAAGGCUCUGCACGAUGAGAGAAUGGAAAAUUACAAGCUGCGGAAAAAGCAAGAACUCAGCAAUCCUGCAUCAGAGGUCAAGGUGGCCGGUGGAGUCCAGGAGGCGUGCCAAGCUGUCCACCAGAGGAUGUGGGCGCUGCAGAAGAAGUUCCUGGCCCAGUUCACCGUGCACCAGCAGAGCCGCCUGGACGCUCGGAAGCAGAAGGCCAGAGUCAUGGACCACCUGGAAGCCCAGCUCGAGACCCAGCUCCAGGACGCUGAGCAGAGCUUCAUCAGUGAGCUGGCAGCGCUGGCCCGGGUGCCCAUUGCCGAAAGCAAACUGUUUUCGAGUAAGCGUGGACUGUCAGAGGAAUUUGAAAACGCCAUGAGUUGGAGUGAGGUGCAGAGAAGCUGUGACGUGCUGAAGCCACAGAGCCAAUGUCUGCAUGCACGUGUCUCCUGCAGAGAAGCCCCUAAGGACCAAGAGGAAGAAGCCCCCACCCCGGGAGAAAGGGGGGCCCGGUGACGAGACCCCUGCCUCAGGCGGCCAGCCCUCAGGAUCGCUCAGCAGCAAAAGGCUGAGCCAGCAAGAAGGUGGAACUGGUGAUGGUGAGAAUUCCAAGAAGAUGCUGAAGAAAAGGAGCAAUUUGUAGUUUGAGGUCGGUUGGGACCGACCCUGCAGACCUGGUCUGCGUGCUGCCUGCCCAUCCCCCAGCCAUGCUGUCUUACCAAUGGAUUUCAGCCCCGGGCAAGUUCACUAUGGAUUCAGUGACACUGAGGACUGACAAUGGAACGUUCUUGGGGUGAAAGGGUUAUACCUAACUUUAUUCCCACGGUGGCAGGUCAGUCACUAGAAUCCCACCCACUCAGAGCAAGUCUGUGUGCAGCAAGCCAGUCUCUGCCUCUGGGCCUCUCUGUCCUUGGUGCCGCCACCACCCCAGCCUCUGCUCUGCUCUCCUGCUGCCUUGCAGCUCUGCCACCAUGUUGCCCAGAGCACUGGGCAGAGCUCUUUUAUAUAGAGUCAAUAACAACGUAUUGCCCACAGGUGUGUCAUGAGCUAGCCAACCAGGGCCAGGUGAGAAUCCUGGCUACAGGAGCCUUCACUUUAUCCACAGAGUCUAUUUUGACUUCCCAUCCAGUCUCCCUCCGUCUGCUCCUGCCUUUAUCACAUCAGCCCACACCUGGGUCCUCGUGACCUUCACGGGCCCUUUAAAUUCUCCCUCCGAGUGGCAGACCGAAUUUCCUUCUGUGCCUUCAUUGCUUGAACCUGAGGACAGGAGCGGGGCAUGGAGCGCUCCCCGACCUGGGGACGGGGCUGCACCUCUCCUGGAGAAACCCACAGUUGCCAAGUCUUUAUUUUUUUUCUGGCUUUCCACCAACUUUCAGCUGGGUUUCCUCCGGACCAGCAGGGCCUCCGUUCCCACCUGUUUGUCAAACCUCCGCUCCUCCAUCCCUGGGCUGAUGGCCCCACUACACCCUCCACCUGUCCCUCGGUACCUGGCGGCCUGCGCUCCUCUCGGGCUCCUUCUCAGGCCACCAUGAUCCUUUACCAUGUCCACAGCACCUCGCAGUGACGCCAUUUCAGCCACAAACAAGUUUCUUACCUCCACAACUGCACCUCGCAGCUCAGGUCUCGUGCUCUCUUCUCGGGCUUCCUGCAGGAGGGCGUCUUUCUCCCUACGGCCUUUCUCAGCACUGUGCGGAGAAAACUGGCCAUGGCUCCCGCCGCCUCACGGGCGCUGUUUCUCAAGGGGCCUACUUACUAUACCAAGGGCCUGUCCUGCUGCCUCAGAUGUCACCUCCAUCCCUUCCCAGCCUCGGGGCAGGGCCCAGUCCUCCAGGAGGCAAGCCACGCCGGACCACAUGUCCGCUGGGGGACACUCGGAUGUCCCCCCGUCCAUAGGGGCAGCCACGGGCACACUCUCCCAUGAGGGCAGCCCGUUCUGUUCCUCAGUCCACAGUGAAUCCUGCUGACUGUCACCAAUUGUCUUGUCAAUGGGUUUCAGCCCCAGGCAAGUUCACUAUGAAUUGAGACCGAAGAAUGACAAUGGAAUAUUCUUGGGGUGAAACAGUUUUAUACCCACUUUAGUCCCACAGUGGCAGGUCAGUCACUAGAACCCGUCUGCUCAGAGCGAGUCUGCGUGCAGCAAGCUGGUCUCUGCCUCUGGGCCUCUCUGGCCCCCAGCAGCCAUCCCAGUCUCUGUCCUCGGUGCUGCCACCACUCCAGCCUCUGCUCUGCUCUCCUGCAGCUGUGCAGCAGCUGUACCACCAUGUCACCCAGAGCACCAGGCAGAGCUCUUUCUAUAGAGUCAAUAACAACGCAUUGCCCACACAUGCGUAGUGAGCUAGCCAACCAGGGCCAGGUGGGAAUCCUGGCCACAGGAACCUUCCCUUUAUCCACACGUGUGAAGAGCACAGUUAGGACCCAGCCACCUGGGGACAAGGAGGGGUCUCCCCUGUGCCUCAUGGGCUUGUUGUGCAGGGGACGAGGAAUGGAUGUAGAAGUGCCGGAAAAGGCCUAAGUGAAUGUGGCACACCUCGGAGCCUGAGAGAAUCAGAAGACCCGGUUGGAAACACGUCUGCAAGCUUUGUGUCUCUUUGGCUUCAAGAAGGGGCUUCAUUCCCUGGGGACCUCUUCCUCCCUGCCUUCUGUACCCCCCUCCGCACUGCCGAUGUCACCCCGAGCCUCCCUUCCCAGCAUGGGGCGUCUCAUUCGGGCCUUAGGGCCUCUGCUCUCCAGCCUCUUGGUGAGCCUCUGCUGGGCGCUGGGUCUCCAAGCACCGCUGGUGUUUUCUGGGUCUCAGCCUUCGCCUUCCCCAUCGCCCUCACCCUCUGUCCCGUGCACCAAGGCCACUGGCUGCCACAGCAUCUCAGCAGGACCCACUCCCGGCCUUGGCUCAGCCAGCAGCUAAGGCCUGGUCAGUGGGGAAGGUCUGAGUUUGAAGGCCCGGGACCCCGACGCAGACCAUGGGAGCCCUGGCCUGCAGGCCGCCUUCACCCGCCCUGGGGGCCUGAGGACCCGCAGACACACAGCCACACCAGCCGCUGCGUCUUCUGUGGGAGGCACUUCCCUCGCUCAGGAGCUGGCCCAGCGCUCAGACUUCACCGGAGGGGAUGGGCUCUCCUGCCAGACAACACUCCAGGGGUACGGCUUCUCCCAAGGGAUGGUGAGAACCUCCAGAAGCUUCCAGGUGCCACACAUAAACCACUGCCAGGAGGGGCCCUUGCCACCCUCACGGCACCCGUGUGGGCAACACAUUGUUAUUGACUCUAUAUAAAGAGCUCCGCCCAGCGCUCUGGGUGACACGGUGGCACCUGGGAAGAAAUUGCUCUUUUUUUUGUGAUCAGGGUUGUACAACCUCAGCGCCAGGGACAUUUUGGGUGAGCUCGUUGUUAUUUGGGGCCGGCCUGUCCUCUUGUGCGAUGGUUAGCAGCACCGUUGGCCUGCACCCACCAGAUGCCAGGGGCACUUCCCCGCUGUGGCAACCCAAACUGUCCUCGGACGUUGUCAGACGUCCCUGGGGGGCACCACCAUGGCCUAGGCCACAGUGUGCCGGCCAGGGCAAACCACGGUGGCUCCAGAAUCUGGGAGACCUUGUCUUGGGAUUUUCUGGACCAUUUAUAGCCUGAAUUUUUACUUCUUAAAACCUAAAUUAGACUCUCUUAGGAAAGAGUGGCUCCUUAACAGCAGUGAUCCAAAAUAAUAUUUACAUGGUUUGUUAAGGACACUGACCAUCAGAGCCCAGCGUCAGGAGGGCGGCAGGUGGGAUUCCCAAGCGUAACCAACAGCCCCCUCUUGUGGCUGAAGAAAAGAUUUCCUCCUGCAGCGUCUUCUACAGGCUGUGGCUUCUUUGCAGUAUUCUGAGAGCUUGGUGGACAUAGAAAUCACUUUUGUCACAUGGGGCCUUUACACAGAGGCAUUCUGGAGGCAAGUGACUCCGAUGCUGGGAGUGUCUAAUUUGGGGACGUGAAUGUGGCAGAUGCAGACUCCCUGAGAGCACGAGCACCUCUGGGAAACGGCAGGCAUACGGGUGCGGUCUGCCUGGCUGCUUCGGCCUCUGCCGAUCUUGUGGGGUUAAGUGUUUUGCUUCUUAAGUGCAGCUUCCUUCACCCAAAGGAAUAUGUCACACGUCACAAGCUGCUGCACCCUCUCCACCCGGCUACGGCUCUUGGCACAGUUAGGGGCAUGGAACUACCGAUAAAGACUGGGCUGAUGCUGUCACAUUCUGUUGAAUA